CUGCAGCCGGGCCGUCUCGCAGUCCAGCGUGCUGGCCAGAGACCGCAGCUUCCCGCAGAAGCUCCGGAUAGGGUCCAUGCUGAGCACAGCGGGGAAGGACUCCAGGCGUACGCGGACCCCACCGCUCAGCUCACAGCCUCCCGCCACUAGUUUGAAUCUCUCGGCGCCGGACGCGUCCUCGGCUCUGCGCAGGCGCGGUCCUCUCUCGCGAGAGCCGAAGUCUCUCGCCGAGGCCCCAGGAGACCUCGCGAGACGGGUGCGUUUACGCCACAGCGUUUGCCGGCGGCCGCGGAGGCGCGGAGUCUUGAGCAGUGCGGCUGGCACUAUGUUCCUGACUGCGCUCCUCUGCCGCGGCCGCAUUCCCGGCCGUCAGUGGAUCGGGAAGCACCGGCGGCCGCGGUUCGUGUCGUUGCGCGCCAAGCAGAACAUGAUCCGCCGCCUAGAGAUCGAGGCGGAGAACCAUUACUGGCUGAGCAUGCCCUACAUGACCCGGGAGCAGGAGCGCGGCCACGCCGCGGUGCGCAGGAGGGAGGCCUUCGAGGCCAUAAAGGUGGCCGCCACUUCCAAGUUCCCCCCGCAUAGAUUCAUUGCGGACCAGCUCGACCAUCUCAAUGUCACCAAGAAAUGGUCCUAAUCCUGAGUCGUCACCCUUGGAUUUUAUGGAUCACGGGGCUGCCCAUCUUUACCUGGUCCUGGAACUGAAAAACUGUAGCGUCUGUGAAAAUGAGCCUUCGGACCAGUCUUUAUUAAAACAAACAAACAUGAGUAGUCUGCAUAUAGAAUAUCUAGGGCUCUAAACCCCCCAAUACUUAAAAGUCUAAUUGCCUCCAAUACUUAAAAGUCUAAUUGCUGUCCUGUCGUUUCAUUAGUCUGAUAGGAAGAUAGGGAUUUCCUCAGUCACAGAUGGUAUUUUGAAGGAAAGCUGCAAUAAAGCCACAAUGAUUUGA